UUCCAUACCUUCAAUUAUUUCAAUUGAUUCUAUUGAGGCCAAAGUUAAACCUUGGUUCAGAAGAAAAGGGGAAAAAAUUAAAGAAUGAUGAAUAACAGAGUGAAGUGGAAAUUUCAAGAGUAAUAAUCUCACCAUAACUCUUGGUGUUUGUGUUCUGGUUGAUUGGCGCAGUGAGGCAGAAAAUGAGCAGCUCGAAAAUUUGCAUUCUUGACUUGUAGUUAUAUGGUUUUUCUCCUCCACUACGGAAUUGGAAGUGUGCUCCAUUGUAUCUCACUUGUUCGUCGAAAUGCGCCAAAGACCUUCGAAAUAAUUAAAACUAUCAUACUAAUGUGAACGGGUUAACUGAUAGUAGUAUCAAUUUUCAUUUGACUUCUGACUUUCUCAGUGGAAAUGGUUGAUUUCUCUUGAAAUUACCCAACUUUUUUUCCCCCAAAAUUGGGCAACGUUGAACUCCAUUGCUCAAAUUGUGCUGCUUGCGAAUCGGGAUUAAGGAGUAUCUAAGUUUUCUGAGAAUGGCAGACGAUGAUGCUCGAGCUGAAAACAGUCUCUCACACGAGAGCAAUGCAUCUUCGGAGAAGGAAAUUGAAAUGUCGAUUGAUGCAUUGGCAAGUCAGGUUCAAGAAUCCUUCUCACUUUCGAAGAGGCAUAAGUUCUGGGAGACCCAACCGGUUGGCCAGUUCAACGAUCUUGGAGAUACGAGCCUGCCUGAAGGACCGAUUCAACAGCCUACACCACUAUCUGAAGUCAAGCAAGAGCCGUAUAUUCUUCCAUCCGCCUAUGAAUUGGUUACAUGCGAUCUGGAUUCUGAGGAGGUGUGUAGUGAGGUUUAUACCUUAUUGACCAAUAACUAUGUUGAGAAUGACGAUAGCAUGUUUAGAUUCGAUUACUCAAAAGAGUUUCUUAGAUGGGCACUCUGUCCUCCUGGUUAUUUCCGGAGCUGGCACAUCGGGUUAAGGGUUAAGACUUCAAAGAAACUGGUUGCAUUCAUAAGUGGAAUCCCUGCAAAAGUUCGUAUCCGUGAUGCUGUAUUGCUGCUUGCAGAGAUCAAUUUUUUGUGCGUACACAAGAAGCUCCGGUCAAGAAGGCUUACUCCAGUCAUGAUUAAGGAGGUUAGUCGCAGGGUGCGUUUGGAGAAUAUAUGGCAGGCAGCUUAUACUUCUGGUGUUGUUUUUCCUACACCGAUAGCAUCCAGUAUGUACUGGUACAGGUCGUUGAAUCCGAAGAAGCUAAUCGACGUUGGGUUCUCUAGAAUUGAAGCAUGGGAUACCAUGGCCCGAUACAUCAACUAUUACAAGUUACCAGAGCAAACCGCGACCCCUGGCCUCAGAAAGAUGGAACCCCGCGAUGUUCCUGCAGUUGCUCGUUUGCUUAAGAAUUACUUGAAGCAGUUUGUUUUGGCUCCAGAUUUUGACGAGAAGGAAGUCGAGCACUGGCUGCUUCCCAAGGAAGAUGUCAUGGAUACUUAUGUGGUCGAAAGUCCUGAAAGUCACGAAAUCACUGAUUUCUGCAGUUUUUACACCUUUACCUGGUCUAUAUUUGGUAGCCAGGACCAUUCCAUUCUGAAGGUGGCGUAUUCGUAUUACAACGUAUCCACCAAGACGCCCUUAGUUCAACUGAUGAGUGAUGCUCUCGUUGUUGCCAAGAAGAAGGAUUUGGACGUCUUCAAUGCGUUGGACAUUAUGCUCAACGGGACUUUCUUCAGUGAGCUCAGGUUUCUCCCUGCAGAUGGGAAGCUUAAUUACUAUCUCUACAACUAUCGGCUAAAGCACGGGCUAAGACCAUCGGAGAUAGGCCUCCUGCCCUUAUAGAUUCAACGGUCGUGCUGCCACGGGCGAGCAUUUUGUACGAGUGAGUUUUUUCUCUGUUCUUGGAAGAUUAUUUAUGCUGCUAUCUUUGGUAUUUCUACUUGGUUUCAAACCAAAAAAAUUAGUCGAUGAAUUUUUGUAACUGAACAUUUGUAUGUUGCUUGUUUUCAAACUGAUUACUAUAACUUAGUUAGGUAUUAGUAUUAAGUGAAGGAGAAUUUUUGUUAGCUUA